AUGAAGGGCUCUACUAUAUCCGUAAUUUUCAACGGCAAACUCCCGAUUUCCAAUGAUGUCAAUUCAAUUUUAACCUGGUGUCCUAAAUUGAAUGUAAUUAUCAAGUCUAUGAACAAGACUUCGAUUUGGUGUUAUCGUUUAGACGGAGAGAGGCUAUAUUCAAUAAAUAACAAGGCCAUUAUCAAGAAUAUAACUUUCCAUGAAAACUAUUUCUGUUUAUCCGGAGCUGAUAGUUCAGUCAAGGUAUACGAUGCUAAUGAUGGGGCGUUGAUGACAAUAAUCGAUCAUUGUUUCAAUGAUAUUCAAUUUUUAAACUGGAAUAGUACCGAGUUUGUGCUUGAGGAUGCAGUAUUGCAAGGAUUGCCAGCUAUCUAUCAUCUUUCUUACAAGUUGGAGUAUUUGGUCAUCAACGAUGCAAAUUCUCUAACCAUCAAUUAUAAUAAAUUGUUGAAUGUCUCAAAAGCUACUACUUUUCAUUUUCAACAGCAGUUGAAAUCCGGUUUGUUUCAUCAGGUUUAUCUAGACAAGGACGCUAAUUUGGUCCUGGUAGAUUUGAACGUGUCAUCCCCAAAGCUAUAUACUGAUCUGAUUAUUAUCAUGUGUCACAUUAUGGAGUAUUUUGGCAAAACUAAAAUAGUUGUUGAGGAGCUUCAAAAUGAGAUCAAACCACUUUUGACUCUGAUCGAUAGAUAUCUAUCCAAUUUGAGUGAAGAAACUGGUGGCAAUCUAAUUGCUACACUAUCUGAAAUUCUAAUCACUAACCUUAUACCUGAAUCAACAAAGGAUUUCUGGUUGAACCAAUUUGGCGAGCGAGGAUUUAAACGGUUGAGCAAACAAUUGGAAACUGUUGAUGAAAAAGUGACAAAAAAGAUCUUUAGGUACCUCGUAUCCCCUAUGGAAAGAGUCAUUGUGUUGAUAAAUAAACUCAUUGGCAUUUGCAAGUGGAACGAUGUCUUGGGGAUUGAUGUAAGCGAGUUGUUUACGUUUAUGAACAGUUGCGAAACUCAAAUAAAGGCUUACUAUAAAGUUAUAUGGGAUUUCAAAAGUCAAAAGGAAAAAUUCAGCGAGCUUUUAUCGUGGUGGAAAACAAUUAUCGAUAUUUUGGAGGAAAAAGAGUGGAGCAUUAGUUACUCUACUUCGAAAUUAUUGGAAUAUAUACAAAGCGAUAUGACUAAACCUGAAUUGUUAAAACAUUUCAGCUAUGAUUUGGAUAUACUUGGGUUCAACAAAUGUAAUACGUUGGAAAAUCAACAAGAUGCACUUUUAUCGCAAUUUGAAACGAUUAUUUCCCAGGUUAAUGCCCACCACUCAUUAUUAAUCAAGAUUGAGUUUCUACAAAAACUUAAUCUACCAAAUCACAAAGAUUUGCAGCUCACUGAAUGGGAUGGCCAAACCAUAAUCACAUACCUAACUGAGACUACACUAGUUAUUUCGACGCCAACUUCGAUUUUAGCCACUGUUCCCAAUGUUAUUGCAUACCAGCAAAGGUCAAACGAUCUAAUUGCCUUGACACAGAAACAUCUCUUAAUUAUCGAUUCUUCUUCAUCGAUCCCAAUAAGUUUACCGCACCUUGACUUUGAGCCAAGAUUGAUAAGACUAAACUCAUCUUAUGUUUGUCUUUCUGACGCAAUGAAGCUGAAAUAUGUCGUUUUGCAAAUCGAAUAA